GUACACGUAUGGGCUUAUUCGACCCUACACCCCCACUCAUGGCUUCCACCCCCGCAUUAGGCCCAUUCCCUUCCAACGCCCCUCGCCCAGCAGGCUUUUUUGCGACAGUUGCUGAACCGGCCCAAACUCCUCCCCCGGCGGCCGAUUAUUACAAGGAGGGCGGGCUUGAGACCAUCGACAUUUUGAAAGCCAAACUGUCGACUGAACAAUUCGAGGGAUUCUGUCUUGGAAACGUGUACAAGUACCUGACGAGAGCGGGCAAGAAACCGGACAACUCCAAAUCCGAUGAUUUCAAGAAAGCGUACUAUUAUUUAGGCUUGCUGGCUGGUCCUAAAGAGUAAUGUAGACUUUCAAACUCCGCUCUUGUGUAACCCAUUACGUCAUCAAUCAACACGUGAUUUUCUACUGGCCCGCCCCACGUGACCCAUUCUCACUCUUGUGUAACCUUCCAGUGUGGCACAGUCAUGUAGGGGUGGCACAGUCAUGUAAUGGUCUAAAUCCUCCUUAUACUAUAUCAUCCCCAUUCAGGAAUUUAUGAAAUAGGUAGACUACUAAAAGGAGGUGGUAUAACGGCAUGUGUAUGAUGCUGGGGCGGGUUAUCGGAGUGCAUUUCCAAACUUCAGGG